GUUUGUGUCUUCUUCUUCUUCCAUCAUCGUGACACGUCACACCUUCAUCUCCGCCGUCUUCAUUCUGUUCUUGGUCGCGUUUGAAAAUAGCUGUGGUGAAAGAGAAGAAGAAGAUGAGUAAUAAUAAUACAGACAUGAAUCAUUCAGGAGGGGAAGAAGAGGAUGAAGGAGAUGUUUUUCUUGGUGAAUCCGAUGUUCUCCGUGAAUACGAUGUCGACGGAGAAGAUCUUCCUGAGGCAGAUGAUGAUGACAUGGACGAAGGUGGUGAAGAAUUUGAUGAAAAUGAUGACUCUGUUCACACAUUCACCGGUCACAAAGGUGAGCUUUAUGCAUUGGCCUGUAGCCCAACAGAUGCUACGCUUGUUGCAACUGGAGGUGGAGAUGAUAAAGGCUUUCUCUGGAAAAUUGGUAAUGGAGAUUGGGCUGCUGAGCUUCUAGGUCACAAGGACUCUGUCUCUUGUUUAGCUUUUAGCUAUGAUGGACAGUUACUUGCCUCUGGUGGGUUGGAUGGUGUUGUUCAGAUCUUUGAUGCAUCAUCAGGGACUUUGAAAUGUGUUUUGGACGGUCCAGGUGCUGGAAUCGAGUGGGUGAGAUGGCAUCCUAGAGGACACGUUGUGUUGGCUGGAUCAGAAGAUUGUUCUCUAUGGAUGUGGAAUGCUGAUAGAGGAGCUUAUCUUAAUAUGUUUUCGGGGCAUAAUCUAAAUGUCACUUGCGGUGACUUCACCCCUGACGGUAAACUAAUUUGUACUGGCUCUGAUGAUGCAAGUUUGAUUGUGUGGAACCCAAAAACUUGUGAAAGUAUUCAUAUCGUUAAAGGUCAUCCGUAUCAUACGGAAGGGUUGACAUGCUUAGACAUUAACUCGACCUCAAGUCUCGCUAUCAGUGGCUCAAAAGACGGUUCAGUUCACAUUGUGAAUUUAGUCACUGGAAAGGUUGUGAGCUCUUUGACUUCUCAUACAGAUUCAGUCGAAUGUGUGAAGUUUUCACCAAGCUCCGCUACCAUCCCUUUGGCUGCAACUGGUGGAAUGGACAAGAAGCUUAUAAUCUGGGAUCUGCAGCAUUCCACUCCCAGAUUCAUCUGUGACCACGCGGAAGGUGUGACAUCCCUGACUUGGAUAGGAGCCUCCAAGUACUUAGCCACUGGCUGUGCCGAUGGUACAGUGAGCGUUUGGGACAGCUUAUUAGGCAAUUGCGUCCAUACCUACCAUGGUCACCAAGAUGCGGUACAGGCCAUCUCAGUCUCUAGCAACACUGACUUCAUUGUUUCGGUCUCUGUCGAUAACACUGCACGUGUCUAUGAGACAUCUGAGUUCCAAAACAAAGUGGCAUAGGCAAGUGCGAAUAAUACUUACACACACUAUCCAGACAUGUGUGGUUAUCUGUGUUCCUCUUAGUUAUAUGCCUUGUGAGGGAAAUUUUUGUCAAAAAUAUCAAAGUCUUCAUUCGAUAUGUACACGGCAUAAUUUACUGAUAAGUGUAGUCUUUGUUCUUCA